AUGCCCGGCAAGGUCAAGGCUUACGAACUUCAGUCCAAGUCGAAGAAUGACUUGUCAAAACAACUCGUCGACCUCAAGAAUGAGCUCUUGAGCCUGCGGGUACAGAAGGUUGUUGGGGGUUCGGCGUCCAAGCUGACCAAGAUCAACACCGUCCGGAAAUCCAUUGCCCGUGUCUUGACGGUUAUGAACCACAAGCAGCGCCAAAACCUCCGGGAGUUCUACAAGAACAAGAAGUACCUCCCUCUUGACCUCCGUCCGAAGCGGACACGCGCUAUCCGACGGAGAUUGACCAAGCACGAAAAGUCCCUGAAGACCGAGAAGCAGCGCAAGAAGGAUAUCCACUUCCCCAAGAGGAAGUACGCUGUGAAGGCAUAG